CAAACACUUAACUUUAUUUCCGAUUCGAAAGGAUGGGCCGGCGUAAUUAUUUUUAUCUUGACACUUUUCCGCAAUCCAGGCUAAACCAAGAAAAUCUUUUAUCUCUUUUUUGGCUACCUUGCACCUUCGGUACGCAUAAAAGCGCGAGAAAACAGCGAAGCUAAGCAGAGGGAAUCGAGUUAGCCAUCACGAUGAAGAGUUGGACAAUUCUAGCCUUGCUGGUCGCAAUCUGUGCUGUGUUUCUUGGUGUUGGACAUACUGAAGAAACUGCAGAUGAUUUCAGAGAAACAGUUUUGGAAGAUUCCUAUAGUGACACUGAAAAUGAUGCGCAAUUGUAAGUUUUUGUGCUUUGUAAUUUCCUUACUUUUAUUAGAAAUUUUCCUUAUUUUUAAUUUAGAAAUUUUCAAUUUAAUACAACUCAAGAUAUGAGUUGGGGGAGGCUUACUAAGCCUACUGCAUGAGCUUCCAGGAAGAACAGUUCAGAAAUUAUAGAUUGCCCAGUAUAAAUAAAGUUAGUUUAGUUUAGGUUUCCUCCUGUUGUAACACUGGACAAAUAAAGGAUGGCUCUGCUUACUGAACCUCUGCAGUUUAGAGAUAGUAUAUGAAAACACGUAUAUGUAUAAUAUCCAGUGUAAUUUAAUUAAAUAUUAAAAAUGAUCGUUUUAACCAUAGACAUCUUAUAUACACUAGAUAGCGCAUCUCUUUUAGUAAAAUUGAAGCCAAGAUUAAUAUUCCAGCGGUUACCCCCAUUUGAAUAGAUGGCGGCCAUAUUGGUCGUUCCCACUCGCUAAUAAACGCUUAAAAAACAACAAUAACUUUAAUCAUUUGAAUAGUUUGAAAAUGUAUUUGGAAUAGGUUUAACUUAAUGUUUAAGUUCCGUGUUUAAGAAAUAGAAAACUUACGAAUCUUCUCAUUUCAUGGGAAUAUCCUGAGUCUGCAAUCACGGCUUCAAUUUUUGAAUUGUAGAAUAAUUAGAUGCACUAUCUGGUGUGUAUAAGAUAUCUAUGGUUUUAACAGUUAAAGUAUUUUCAUUUUUGCAGGGCAGAUUCAUUCAUGAAUCCAGAAAAUGAUGAUGACGACAACGAUGGUCAUGACGAUGAUGAAUCGUAAGUAAAAAUAUCUAUUACUGUUUUACACUCGACACUACAUGGGUAAAUAUCUACAUUUUGGAGCUUCUCGUUCGAUAGGACUAAUAUGCAUUUUUGUAGAUGGAAUAUUCGAACGUAAAUUUGUAUUCAUUUUUAGACCUAACCAGGGGCAGUUGGGAAAAGUGUACACCAUAUACUAUGUCACCAGACGAUACCAUAUUAAACCAAACUAAAUCGUACUAUACCAUACCAAACCAAACCUCACAAUACCCACCAUACCAUACCAUAUACCAUACCAUACCAUAUACCAUACCAUAUACCAUAUCAUAUAUCAUACUAUACUAUACACCAUACCAUACCAUAUACCAUACCAUAUACCAUACCAUAUACCAUACCAUAUACCAUACCAUAUACCAUACCAUAUCAUACUAUACUAUACACCAUACCAUACCACACCACACACCAUACCAUACCAUACUAUACACCACACCACACUAUAUCAUAUACAAUAGCUAUCUGCAAUACUAUAGCUAUCUGCAAAACCUUCUUGAAAUUAGCUAGAGUUGGAACAAACCAGCGAAUUUGCAAAUGUCAUUAGUAUAUCUUCUCAUAUUUCAGAGAGAACGCAAUUGACAGUGUAAAUGAGACACCAUCAAAUUACGAAGAUGAACCAGAAAUGGUCAAACGUGCACCAUGGCGCCGUCGUCGUCGUCCUAGAAUUCGAAUUCGUAUUCCACAUAUUGUUCGUCGUGUUAAGGAUAAGGUUAAGGAUAAGCUGAAACAGUUUAAACCAUGUUUGAAGACAGUUUGCGGAUUGGUGAAGAAUUCCAAAAAAUUAAGUAAGUGUUACGCCUGCCGCUUGAUCUUACGGAAGGAGUCAAAGAAAACUAGAGGGCACCCAAAGACUACUGCAUAUUAAGUUAAGUUAAGUGACAGCUCUGAAAAGCAAGAUAAACAUUGUUAUAUAUAAUUUCUCCAAUUUUCACCCGAACUAUACGGCUGUUAUAGCGCCUCAUAGUUUUUGAGUUAUCCUCCCAAAAGAAAAUCAACUUGUUGACGGAGGUUAGAAAUGUAUCCGAACCCAAGGGACUCUUCGAAUUUCUUUUUGAGGAGGGUGAGCCGGCAGAUUAUUGAAACUUUUAGUAAAUAUUUAAUACAUUAUUUUAUAUACCUGGACCCAAAAUUCAUUAAGACGAAAAAGCACAAAUCAUACCCAGCUUCAGACCAGAAAAACUUAAAGCACACCUAUUUUACCGCACUCUCUUUCAUCAUAUUUUUCUGGGCGACACACACCUAUAUACCAUAUAUGGGAGUACCCCUCCCCAAAGAAAAACCAUUACAUGCGAAUAGACUAAUUUCCAUCAUAGAUAUCUUAUAUACACUAGAUAGCGCAUCUCUUUUAGUAAAAUUGAAGCCAAGAAUAUUCCAGCGGUUACCCCCAUUUGAAUAGAUGGCGGCCAUGUUGGUCGUUCCUACUCGCUAAUAAAUGCUUAAAAACAAUAACUUUCAUCAUUUGAAUACUUUAAAAAUGUCUUUGGAAUGGAGUUAACUUAAUAUUUAAGUUCCCUGUUUAAGAAAUAGGAAAUACACGAAUCUUCUCUCAUUUCAUGGGAACGACUUGAGACUGCAAUCACGACUUCAAUUUUUAAAUUGCAGAAUAAUUAGAUGCACUAUCUAGUGUACAUAAGAUAUCUAUGAUUUCCAUGCAGUAGAAAAACAAAACAAAAGAAAGAUCUAGAGGAUUUCACUUCUUCGAACAUACAGCUAUUUCAAUUAAGAUUGUCCACGAGCAAAGCGGAAAAGUCGAAUACGAGCGCGAAAGGCUGCUGGGAAUCGCUUUGAAAAUGUAUUAAUUUGUUAGCGAUUCCCAGCAGCCUUUCGCGUUCGUAUUCGACUUCUCCGCUUUGCUCGUGGACAACCUUAAUUGAAAUAGCUGUAUAUCGAACUCACGUCACGUUUUUAUUUUGUUGUAGUUGUGCAAUGGGCUUGCCGUCAGGUCGAUAAACUGCGAGACGAAGGUAUGUGCAAAAUAUUUGAGCUAUAUAUAACACCCCAAAAUAUGAUAUGAACGUUUUGAAGAUUUUUUUAUGUGAUUGUCUAGAAAGUUCCUUCACACUAUAUAAACAUACUUUUUUCGUCUUUAAUACCCAGUGUAGCAUAUACAUACACAGUCUAUGUAGUCAUAUGAAUAUUUUGUUUUUCCACAGAAUACCCGCUUCUGUCGAAUGACGAAACCUUUAUUGAAGCGCACGAAGCUGACGAAUUAGUGAAACAAGGAUAUAUGAAGGAGGAACAACGUGAACAAUAAUCAAAUCAUUAAUUAAACGUUCUUAUUUCUUUAAAAUUAGUAUUACUUUGGCACAAGCGUGUACUUAACCAUAAAUCUUUGUAUGUUUAGCUUUGUAAUGUUAAGGAAGGUUUCAUUUCAUAAAUAAAUCGCACGUUAAUCCGCAUUUUACUAAUUAACUCCAGUUGGCGUUUUGUAAAUGUGUUUAGUCCUG